UGGAAUGAGAGAGAGAGAGAUAGCGGGAGGAAAACAGUACACAGCUGCAGCCCACCACACCAUUGGCGACCGCCGCGCCGCCUAUCUGCCCACUGCCUACUGGUCCAUUCACUAUCAUGUUGUCUCUCUCUCUUAUCAGGCCUCACCUAUGGUUCAUUGUCUGUCCCCCAAAAACACACGUUAAAGAUUACUGAAUCAAGGUUUGGCGUGCCUAUUUCAUGAACUUCUAAUGACCUUGAUGAUGAUCGAUCAGGUGAAGCAGUGUGUUUUGUUUGAGAUGACUACUGAACUCGAACCAACCGUUCCUGUCUCUAAGAACAUCUCUCCCUUAGUGGACUUUUUCCACGACCGACACUCGUACAGAUUCCCUUCUUUUACCCUCUCUCGUAAAAGCAGUAGAGAUUCUCAAGAGCCAGAAAUAGACACGUAGAGACGAGUUUUCAUAGACUUUAUAUCUGAUUAACGGAGAAGGAUUUUAUAAAUCACCAUCGGAAGGAAGAGGCAGCUUCAAUAGAUAGAGCGAUGCAGCAAGAUAGAGGUGGAAGAGGGAGUGAAAAAGGCAUGAAACAGCAAGAUCAGAGAUUGACGGAAGAGAAUCAGCAUCAGCAGAACCCACCUCAAAAGUGUCCUCGUUGCGAAUCUCUUAACACAAAGUUUUGUUAUUACAACAAUUACAGUCUCUCCCAGCCUCGUUAUUUCUGCAAGACUUGUCGAAGGUAUUGGACCCAAGGUGGAACACUAAGGAACGUGCCUGUAGGAGGUGGUUGCAGGAAAGGGAAGCGAACAAAGGUUUCUUCUCCCGGUGAAAACUCAAGGUCUCAUCCACAAAUACCUCAGCAACACAACAUGGCAUCACCACAAAGUAUCAUCUCUUCUAAUCCUGUGAUCAGUAUAAGUGCUGCUCUGAGAACCAAGGAAACCGGUACUUUGGCUUCAUCGUCUGCUAUUUCUUCAGUGGGAUCGUUUUACCCUGGUGCUGGAUUCUUGUCUUCUUUCGCUGCAAUUCAGUCGAUGAAUCAACCACAACCGCAACCUUUUAAUCAAGCUCUCUAUCAGGCUCUAAGCAUUGGUGGUGACCUGGGUGGUUUUUCAAAUUUGGGUCUUUUGCAGGGAUAUGGUGUCCCUUCUUUCGGUUCACAACAGCCCCAGUCAGUUCAGCAAACCCAAUUCUUUUCUAUGGGCGAUAGAGAUCAAAAGACUGUAAACAUUUUCCCAUCUGAUCAAGAAAGGUUGAUUCAGUCUAGCAGGCCUGCUGCAGGUAACUCUUCUAUGCAGAAUUGGCAUCAAUGUUUCAUCAGCAACCAUGACCCUACAGUUUCUGAAGCGGCUUUGUGGAGUAUCAACAACAGCAACAGCAGCACAAGCAGCCCUGGGAACACAAACACCAGCAAAACUACGGUUGCUUCUUUGAAUCCAAAUCAAUGGCGUGAUCUUCCAGAUUAUGUCGCUCCUCCAUAAUGAUCUUUGGUCAGCCAUUGUUGCAAACGUCCAAAGGUAGACAGCUUAAAAACUCUAAAAUGGAAAUUCAUUUUUAGCCUUCUCUAUACAGAAAGCCAUCGAACUUUCAACCUCACAUGAAGAAAAUUGCAUCUUUUAUUGUCUGUCCAGCUGCUGUCGUUGGGUUGGUUUUAAUCUGGUUCAACUUGAGGACAUCAAUUCAGAGAAAAUAUUCUAAUGUGGGUUUGAUUCCUGUAAAUGAAAGAUCGGUAUUGCUAAUAGCCUUUUGUUUUUUUUUGUUUUUUAUUUUCUUCUAAUUACAGAUUCUGGGUCGUCUUUUUUCUUUUAAAACUUUUGAGAAUUCUUGGGACGGAAACAUCGAUCAUCUGAGUUGGGUUUUGUUGGUGUUCUUUUAAAACUUUUGAUAGUAUUAUAAUA